UCUUUGGGAAUGGCUUCCCUCCAGAGGUUGUGGCUGCUCCGUCCCUGGAGGGUUUUGAGGGGCGAUUGGGCAGCCAUUUGUUCUGGAUGGAACAGAUAUAAAAUGUAUUGGCCACCAACCUUACCAUGACAUAACUGUGGGCGGCUUAGAGACAGAAAAUAAUACAUACACGUUAAAAUCUAAACAAAUUGUAGGAAGAAAAAUCCGGUGCGGUUCCAAGCCAGGAGAAAGGAGCUGGAAAUAAAAUGCUUAGUGACACAAUUGCAGUCGACAAAGAAGAUGGCAAUGAGCACUCUGGACAACUGAGGAUAACAAGCAACAUUGAAGACCAAAGCAGGUCAGUCCAAAAAUCAAUAUAUCUUCCAUUUCCUUCAGAGAGCCACACAAUUCUUAAUCUUCCUCAGCAAGUGAGAGGAAAACGAGAGAAAAUCAGGAAGAGAUUUCUAGCUGGGAAAAGCAGAGUGUGAAAUUCAAGCAUACAUUACAUGAAAAGUCAAGGCAGAUUAUUUUUCCAUUGGGCAAAAGAGGGAAAUAUCUGGAAGUUACUGGGGAGGAAAAGGUCAAUUGGAAAACCACGUAGAGCAGACAGAGUUGCAGGCCCACUCUGGGAGGAAGAAAACGGCUUGAAUAAAAACACUGCUAAACAAGGAACCAUCCAUAUUUUGGACCUCCAAAGGAAUAUGAGUUGUGGAAAAGCUCCAUAGAUGUGCCUGUUGUGGGAAAGAUACAACUUGCAAAUCACAGCUGAUUAUGCCUGAGAGGAUCCCGACUGGAGAAGAACCAUAUAAUACUCUAAAUGUGGCAAAACCUGGUUAGACACCAUAGGACUCACACAGAAGAGAAACCCUUUGAGUGUCCUGAUUGUGGUAAAAGUUUCAGUCACAAUUCCAGCCUGGUGAAACACCAGAGGAUUCACACGGGAGAAAAACCCUUUGAAUGUCCUGACUGUGGGAAAAGUUUCCGUCAGAAUUCCAACCUGGUGAAACACCAGAGUAUUCACACAGGAGAAAAACCCUUUGAAUGUCCUGACUGUGGGAAAAGUUUCCGUCAGCAUUCCAGCCUCAUCUGCCACCAGAGGACUCACACAGGAGAUAAACCCUUUGAGUGUCCUGAUUGUGGUAAAGGUUUCAGUCAGAAUUCCAGCCUGGUGAAACACCAGAGUAUUCACACAGGAGAUAAACCCUUUGAGUGUCCUGAUUGUGGUAAAAGUUUCAGUGAGAAUUACAGCCUGGUGAAACACCAGAGGACUCACACAGGAGAAAAACCCUUUGAAUGUCCUGACUGUGGGAAAAGUUUCAGUCACAAUUCUAGCCUUGUGAUACACCAGAGGAUUCACACAGGAGAAAAACCCUUUGAAUGUCCUGACUGUGGUAAAAGUUUCCGUCAGAAUUCCAACCUGGUGAAACACCAGAGGACUCAUACAGGAGAAAAACCCUUUGAAUGUCCUGACUGUGGAAAAAGUUUCAGUCAGAAUUGGAACCUGGUUCAACACCAGAGGAUUCAUACAGGAGAAAAAACGUUUGAAUGUUCUGAUUGUGGUAAAAGUUUCGGUACAAAUUCCACCCUGGUUCAACACCAGAGGAUUCACACAGGAGAAAAACCCUUUGAAUGUCCUGACUGUGGGAAAAGUUUCCGUCAGAAUUCCAGCCUGGUUCAACACCAGAGGAUUCACACAGGAGAAAAACCCUUUGAAUGUCCUGACUGUGGGAAAAGUUUCAGUACGAAUUCCACCCUGGUUCAACACCAGAGGAUUCACACAGGAGAAAAAACGUUUGAAUGUUCUGAUUGUGGUAAAAGUUUCAGUCAGAAUUCCAGCCUGGUUCAACACCAGAGGAUUCACACAGGAGAAAAACCCUUUGAAUGUCCUGACUGUGGGAAAAGUUUCAGUACGAUUUCCACCCUGGUGAAACACCAGAGUAUUCACACAGGAGAAAAACCCUUUGAAUGUCCUGACUGUGGGAAAAGUUUCAGUCAGAAUUUCAACCUGGUGAAACACCAGAGUAUUCACACAGGAGAAAAACCCUUUAAAUGUCCUGACUGUGGGAAAAGUUUCAGUCAGAAUUUCAACCUGGUUCGACACCAGAGGAUUCACACAGGAGAGAAACCGUUUGAAUGUUCCGAUUGUGGUAAAAGUUUCAGUCACAAUUUCAGCCUGGUUCAACACCAGAGAAUUCACACAGGAGAAAAACCCUUUGAAUGUCCUGACUGUGGGAAAAGUUUCAGUCAGAAUUUCAACCUGGUUCGACACCAGAGGAUUCACACAGGAGAGAAACCGUUUGAAUGUUCUGAUUGUUGUAAAAGUUUCAAUCAGAAUUCCAGCCUGGUUCAACACCAGAGGAUUCACAGCAGAAAAACCCUUUAAAUGUGCUGACUGUGGGAAAAGUUUCCGUCAGCAUUCUAACCUCAUCGGCCACCCUUUGAGUGUCCUGAUUGUGGUAAAUGUUUCAGUCACAAUUCCAGCCUGGUGAAACACCAGAGGAUUCACACAGGAGAGAAACCGUUUGAAUGUCAUUUCUAGUGUCCCAUUGUAAGUCCAGCUGAGAUAUUGACUAUUUAAAUUGAUUAAAUUAAAUAGAAUUUGCCUGAUUUUUUGUAGGCAAAUAUGCAAUGGUAUUAGAUGCAGCAGAGGAAAGAAAAAGUUGGAACAUAUUACUUUGAUAAUGGCUAUCUUGCUUUCAGCAUAAGAAGUUGCUCGAUAUUUAUUUUUGUAAAAAUUUGGCUAUUAUGUAAAAAACUUUUUGGGAGUGUUCUUUGCAUUUUUGUGAUGGUGGAUGAUAGAAAUGCUAUGUGCCAGGAGUCCCAGCCUUUUUCUCCCUGGGGGCCCCCAAGAUUUUCAGCCUCAGAAUUCUCCAGCCAGCAUCUCUUGGGGAUUGGAGCCCUGAGACUAUAGUUAAAGAGAUUGUGCUUCUUCAUAUAAGGAAAAAACAAGCAGAGAAGAGACAUGAGGGCUUUUUUUCAAUAUUCUUCUUUUUCUACCCUGUUUUCCCCAAAAUAAGACAUCCCCUGAUAAUAAGUCCAAUUGUGCUUUCAAGCGCAUGGCAAUAAAUCCAAGCACUUAUUUCAGGAUUCAAAAAAAUAUAAGACAGGGUCUUAUUUUUGGGGAAACACGAUAACAGUUCCAGAAAUUCAGUGCACCAAGCAUGUCUGUUCAGAUUGUGUCAAGAAUGAGGCACGCAAGUGGAAGAAACCAUAUGAAUAGCAAAUAUAUUGGGGGAGUUUAGGGCAGUGAGAAAAGCAAUGUAAAAUUUCAGAUAUAAAGGCUGUUCUGCCCUGCAGGUGACCUUCAUGGUUCAAAAGCCAAAAGAAGCAAUUUGAUUGAAACAUGUCAGUUGCUACAUUUUCCUUCUCUCCCCAGAUUUUAUUCCAUUUGUGGUACAUGCUUUAAAACUGGUUCUCCUUCAUAUGAGGGUGGCUUCAUUGUGAUUCGCUUGACUGUUUUUCACACAACCACUGCAGCAACCCCAUGGUCACAUGUUCAAAAUUCAGGUGCUUAGCAAAACACCCAUGAGUAUGAUGGUUGCAGUGUCCCAGACUCAUGUGAUCCUCUUUUUGCACCUUCUGACCAACAAAGUCAACAGGGAAGCCAGAUUCAAUUAACAACCGUGUGACUAAUUUAACAACUUCAGUGAUUCACUUAACAACUGUGGCAAGAAAAGUUGUAAAAUGGGACAAAACUCACUUAACAGAUGUCUCACUUAGCAACAGUGAAUUUUUGGGCUGAAUUGCAGUAUCAGAGUUGGAAGCGACCUUAGAGGUGGUCUAGUCCAACCCACCGAUCAAGACAGGAGACCCUAUUCCAUUUCAGACAAGAGACUGUCCAGUCUCUUCUUAAAAGCCUCCAACCGGAACCCUGUCCUUUAAUGCCGCUGAAGCUCUUGGGAUCAUUUCAUCAAUUAACAUCCUCCCCUUGCUUUAAAGUUAGAUCAAAAAGUGUGAGUGUAUUGUAUGGCGUAAUCACGACAGACACACCCCUCCACCCAAAGAAUGAAAUAUUUUGGAGAAUAUUAAAAAGAGGCAGAAUAUUAUAUUUUCCCAAAGGAGAAAUGGAGAAAAAAAUACUAGCAAAGGCAGAAAACAGCCACAACAGUUUCCAGCAGAUGCCUGAAGUUUUUAGAGAUGGAUAUUUUGUGACCAUUAAGAAAUGUAGGCCAGCCUAUUCACAAACAAAACACCUAGAAUGCCAAUGAUGGGAUUAAAAUUUACAUUUCCCCACCCAAAAUCUAAGGACAGGACCUGACCUUUUAGUACACAGAUCCUCAAAGUACAGCCUGUGGGAUGGCUACGGUCUGCUGAAGCAAUGUAUUGGGCCCACGCAGUUGUGGGAUUCCGCCCUGCCCUUAGCCCCAUCCCUAUCAGCCAUUCCUUGCAUGGCUGGCUGUGUCACCUGCAUCGCCCGUUCUCUAGCCAUCGCCCUUAUCUUCCAGCCCGCGGGGGUAUGCAAACCGCAAAGGUAAGGGCGAGGGGGAGGGUGGGCAGGGGAGGGCGUGUUUCACAAUGGGGAAGACAGGGUCUCCUCCUCCUGGAGCCCAUUAUGACGUGGAUCCACAAUGUGACCCUGCCCCACUCUCCCCUGACAACAGCAGCGUCGGCUCGUUUUCGCCUCCCAGAUGUCAGUCACUUGUCCUGCAGAUACUACAGGCUGCCUGUCUUGUGAUGCCCUGCCUCCCUGCCAGCCAGGUGGUCUUUGGGUCUCUGCCGACCAGCUGAUCAUCAGUGUGCGGCUCAUCAGCCUCUGGAUGUCAGAUUCUCAUCAUCUAGCACCAGUUCAGGGGUUCCUUCCCUCCCCCCCCCCCCGGACAGACAGAGACAGACAGAGACUGAGGAAGGGAAGGAAGGAUGAUAGGAAGGAAGACAGAUUCAGGGGUUUUGGUAAAAACUGUAGUUCAGUAAUAAGGAUGUGAUGGCCCUCCAGUGGCUACUUAAUUACACUCCCAUGAUUCCUAUUAGUUGUGCUGUUAAAAAAAUCCAGUGCCACCAGGGAGAAGUCAAGUUGUGAGUGAUUGAAAUUCCUCACAUUGAAACUAAGUGGUGAUAGGUCAUAACAGAGGUAUGUAUUCUCCCUGACACAUUUUCUUGUUAUGUGCCCUAUGAUUUAAAUUUCAGAUAAACGUAUUUCUUUA